GCACUCUUACGGUUCGAAGGUCGUGUGCAUUUAUGUGCAAUGCCCGUGUUGAGCCCUCUCGAGUUUCGUGAUUGUGUUGUGGACAGCCCGAAUUUUCGAAAGGCUUUGUCAGACCAUGAGGCAGACUUAAAAAUCGCAAACAAGAAAGUCAAAAGUGUUCUAGUGAACACAAGGAGAGUUUUCGAAGCUAUGGAAUCAUUAAAUCAAGCGCUUAUUGAUUAUGCUGAAUCAUUGAAUGAUUUUUCAGAGUAUGCUCAUCAGUCAACUUGUUUAUCCCAAACAGAAAACGAAGUUUGUGAAACCGAUGAUGAUAUUAUAAUUAAAAAUGCCUUGUCAGUUUAUGCAACUAUAAUUACAAAUGUUGAAGAGGCUAGGCGUACUAUGAUUCAACCCAAUAAAGAGCUGGUCUUAACUGAACUAUCGGAAUUACGUUCUCUAUGGUUGGGUGGUCAAAAUACUAAUGUAAAAGCAUUUCAAAAAGAAACUAAAAACUUUUGUCAAUACCUUGAAAAAUACGCAUCAAUUAAAUCAAAAGAGUUUACAGAAGAUAAUGAUGCCAAAAUGCUUCAAGAGCGUAAAAAUUAUAUUGCCAAAGCAUUUGAAUACAUCAGCAAUAUAAAUGAAGCGCAUGAAUUGAAAAAGUCCAAAUUUGUUCAAACAGUAAGUUUGAUCAUGAGAAUGUUGUCAAAUUUCUAUUAUCAAGCUUUCGAACAAUUCAAAGAUUCAUCACAUCAAAUUAGUCAGAUACUUCAAGCUGCACAGCGUUCUAGUGAAAAUUAUGAACAAAUUAGUUUAGAGAGUAAAACACUAACAGAAAAACUACUCAAUACACCAUGGGAACAAAUACAAUCUACAAAUUUAGCUGAUACACGUGAAGGUUAUGUAUUUGUUGCUACAAAAAAAGCUGUUAUGACAAUUUGGACAAAAAAUUUCUGUACAUAUAAUCGUAAUAGUAAAAUAUUAAAGCUUACACCUUAUACUCAAUAUCAAGAUAAUGAUAAUAAUACCGAAGUAUUGAAUGUCAUCUCGUGUAGAAGACGAUCAAAUGAUUCCAUUGAUAGACGUUGGUGUUUUGAUAUUGAAGUAUCAAGAAGAUCUACUCCACUUACUUUACAAGCACAAUGCUUGGAUGAUCUUCAUGAAUGGCUUCUUGUAAUGGAUGGAAAAGAGCCAAUUUAUGAAGAUAGACGUGUGUGCCUCCAUGAAUCAGACAAUAUUCAAUUAAACGACAAAAGUUAUGAAUUUCUACUCAAUUUAAUUCAUGCAAUUGAAAAAAAUGGUAUUCAAGUUGAAGGAAUCUAUAGAACAUGUGGGGUGAAAUCUAAAGUUGCCAGUCUGAUUAAACAAGCUCUAUCUCCAUCAGGAAUAUCCAAGACGACUUUGUCAAAUUAUGAAUUAUGCGUUUUAACUGGUGCAUUAAAAAGUUUUAUUCGACAAUUAGAAACUCCAAUUAUGACAUUUCAAUUACAUGAUUCUUUCAUGUCUGCAAUGAAACGAGAUAAUGCUUAUCGAUUAACAGAGCUUAGUGCAUUAUUAAAAUUGUUACCACCAGAAAAUCAACGUACUUUAGACUUACUGAUUAGGCAUUUAUCAAGCGUUGCUGCCUACAGUCAAUUGAAUCACAUGAAUCCAAGUAAUCUAGGCAUUGUAUUCGCACCAUCAUUGUUUCGUUCACGUGAAGAAUCUGUCGCUGCGAUUAUGUCAACAAAAUUCGCUUCAACCGCUGUCGAAUUAAUGAUUAUUAAUUAUUCAAGUUUAUUUCCAAUACAUUCAUCGAAUAUUCUUCGACCAAUACCUCAGUUAUCCUUACCAUUAUCUACUACCCCACUUGUUAUGGAUGAUAGAAAUGGAACUAUAAGCGAAAUUAACAAUACCACACAUAAUUCUAUCAGUGAUAUAUUUGAUAGUAAUAAUACUCCUACUAAUAUGAGAAAAUAUAACCAUAUUAAGAAUGGUGAAAACUCUGUAGAACCAGUGUAUACUACACCGGUUAUUGGCUAUCCUUUUCAAUUAACCAAUUCCAUAUUGGAUCGAUCUGAAAACAUGUUCACUUCGUCCAGUAAUGAAAACUACUCAUCUCAAACAUCUUUACAAUCGAUUAAAUCAUCAUCUACGUUUACAUCUUCCUUCACAACAACCACGAAAUCAAAUUCACAAUCAUUCAAAAGUUCACCAAGUCUCCCAAUCGCAUUACAAAUUGUCCAUGACAAUGAAUACAUUACUAAUCAACACGAACAAAAUUCAACAAAUGAAAAAAUUUUAAAUCAUUCUCUUCAUCAUCAUCAUAAUUCUUUAUUAGUUACAUCACCAUUAUCUAUUCAUCACAAUAAUCAUUUAAUUGAACCAUCAUUGAGAUCUCGUAUAUCACCGCAACGUAGCAGGUAGUUAUUUUUGAUGAUAAUGAUCAUAACAAUGCUGAUGAAGUUUUUCUUAUUGGCUAUCAGUGAACAUUAGUUUCUUUUUUCAAUAGUUUACCUCUAGAUCAGUAGUUUGGGUCCUUAGUCGUUGGUAGGUUUAAGUACAGUUUAGAGGUGUAUUGUUUCCAUGUAAGGGGAAAGUGAAUCCACGAGCAAGAAUUGAGAAUUUGCUCCCGAACUUCUAGUGAGAGAUCGUGACUGGUUGUGGUGUUCAACUUCGUUGACAAUGAGAUAGUUUAUCAUCAAUGGGAUUGAAUAAUAUUGGACUACACCCGAAAUCAGUCAAAAUUGAAAAUGUAGAUCAUUGGUUUCUAGUUCAUUGUUACCAAGAUCAACCAUUCUCCAUUAACUGACACAGUAAUAAUUUAAGAAAGAUAAUGGUUGAUUAAUUUUGGUUACUACACGUGUUCUCCAUGAUACUUAACCAGAUGUCAAGUUGGAUUGUGCACAUAAAUCGGUAACUAAGUGAGCAAACAAGUUUUAACCUUAAGUGAUUGAUGGAAACCGACCGAAGUAGAACCCAACUCUUUACACCAUCGAUUCAGUGAAGUGGAAGUUUUUCUAAAGCUUGUUUUGAUUCAUGCCAGUAUAUGUGAUUGGGAUAAACCUUAUUGCUAAAACAAUCAACGUUACAUAUUGAAUCGGUUUCUCAGUUUAACUUUGUAUUGUAUUGAUUCUUUGCGAUCAUAGGUCAGGCCUUUUCAUUUAAGAAUCCACAACUCAGUAAGGUUCUGUUGAAUGACAAUUAUAUUUUUUGCCAAUCUUAUUAUCCUGUUAGAUCCGUUGAAUCAUAUCAAUAUUGAUAGGGAUCAAUGAGUCAAUGGUUAAAUUGUAGUCACUAAAAGCAAUUAAAUAGUACAACUAUGCCAACUUUAUUAUAAACUGGACAACUACAGUGUAGUAAAAAUAUGUUCUUAGAUUUGAUUAAUUCCAGUCUAAUCUAUAGCUUAGUCAAUGACAUUGGAGUGUUAGUUAACAGAAAUAGUAUCUGAAUCGACAAUUGUGUAUCUAUGUGCUAAUGUGGUAUGACAACUCGAACUGAUGUACAUACGUACAAAGUUCUACGUUGUUACUGACUGACUGACUAAUAGAAAUUCAAAUGUGUAUCAUUUGAAUUGUAUAUCCGCUCAUAAUUUCGUAAUUUCUAGACGAUAAUUCCUUUGAAAAUUUGACUUCCUUCGGAAUCUAAUCAGAUAAUUACGAAGUCAAACAUUUUACAACAGGUUUAUGAGUUUAUAUUGUGGAAACAUACAUUUUUGUACUAAUAUUAAUCAGUGAUACAUCUAUCAAAGUCAGUCGUAGUCAGGAUAUGACUUGGUGUAAAUAUACAUCUGUCCAAGUUGCACUCCGCUAACUUCAUGAGGUGAAACUAACAGGAUACAUUAGUGAAGUUGAAAUUAUACUAAUGAUUAUUGUAGUAGAAUCGACUAUACAUAGAAACUACGUCUCUAAGAGAAGGAAUGAAUUCGAGAAAUAAAAGUAGCGAAAAAUGAAUUAUUUAUCUGCGCCAUUGCGGUCGGUUUUGACCAGUGUUCAUCAACUUUACUAUCCAUCAACCAUGAUUCUCGCUCGGAGCCCAACCAUAUAGUCUGCACUCGCUAACAACUCGUACUCCAACCUGAUUCUUUGCAUGUCAGCUGUAUGUUCCGCUUUAGACCAUUAUUAGAAUGCUAUUAAUAGAUGGAAAUCAAAUGUCAUGGUUUAUGUAAUAGUUUUUUUUUUAGAAAAUUUGCUUAUUUUUAGUAAAAAUUUAUAUCCUUUAACCGGGUCUAUUUUGUAUACUAAUUUUUGUCUAGUCCGAACCCCCCGAUUCAUUUAGUUGUAUCGCAAUCUUUUAGAAAAUCGCCGGCACCACCACCACCGGUGACAUCAGCAAAGUGUGUAAAUACAAUCCCAGUAAGAAGCUCAUCAACAAAACCUAUCACAUUGUCACAAACUCCUGUCACAACGACAAUCAAAGAAACUGCCACUACUGCUGUCAAUGCUUUGAAUCAUGAAGAUCUAUCCUCUCAUAAUCACUCUGAUAAAUGUAAUAAUUUUGAGGUUGAAUCCGAUCAAACAUGUAUACCGCAUAUGUCUUCUGAAUAACACUAUUUGAACUGCUCUCUAUUCUGCCAGAACUUCAAUGCAUUGAUACAGAAAUACAGAUGUCAAAUAAAAUGUACAAGUAUAUCACCUAACUCAACUGAUUGGUCGAAAAUUUCUGUGUACAAAUUAUUCUACUUAAAACUUAUAAAUAGUGUAAAAAUGUUUGAAAAAUUACUUGUCAAAUAGCGUUCGACUUGUCUUCCUUUCUUUUUUUUUGAGAAAAAAUAUACAUCAUAUUACUUAUAUUUACGUAUGUACACACUAUUUUUAGUCUGUUUUUGAUCAAUCAAGGUAUCUCUUUCAUGCUGUCGUUCUUGUUUGUUCCUUUAGAUUUUUUCUUUUUCAUUGGAAAUAAUCUCAGUAUCUGUAUUGUACGUCACAAUGAGAGUAAAAUAAAUUGUAUUAUGAUGUAUAUCCCAGAUUAUUUACAGGUUGAUUGAUUAGUUAAGUUUUUUUAGAUGUGUACUGACUUCCCGAAUGAUAAGAGAUCGUUUUUCUUGUCGUGAAUCGUUCGUUCGCAAAUUUCCAACAUUAUCUCAUGAAACAUUUGUUGAAAAUGUAGUAUUGACCAUCCCCCCCCAGUAAUUUUGACUUUGAUACAGUUAUUUAUUGUAAAUAUAAAGUUCAGAAAU